AGUACAUGCAUGUACUUUUAAUAUUAUUUCUCUUCUGAAGGUUCUCUGCACCGCCCAAGUACUUUUCCUAUCAUUUACUUCAUGUUAAGUCAAACGCGAAUGUGAAGUGGGAAACAAUGGUUCUUUCCGCGUAUGAAUAGAAGGAUUUUAUUUAUAUAGAAAGAUACUGGAUUUAAGAAAUCAUCUUGGGGGACCAUGGCCAACCCUCGCGUGAGGCAGAUCAAGAUCAAGACUGGCGUGGUGAAGCGACCAGGAGCCAGAUUGGUCAAAGAAAAAGUGAUCUAUGAAAAAGAAGCAAAACAACAAGAAGAAAAGAUUGAAAAAAUGAGAGCUGAAGAUGGUGAAAAUUAUGCCAUUAAAAAGCAGAUACUAGAAAGUGAAAAAGACUUGGAAGAAGCCGCGGAAUAUAAGGAAGCCCGGCUAGUCCUGGACUCUGUGAAGUUGGAAGCCUGAAUCCUGUCUGCGCAGGGUGCUUUUCGUGCUAAAGCCUGGG